AUGAUUUAUUGUUAUUCACAGAUGAGACGCCAACUUCAUCUUGAAGCGUUUUCUAGUGCACUUUUGGAGGGAAAUGAGAAUUAUGAAGUAAACCAAUUUGAAAUAGUUCGAAUAAUUUUUGAAUUAAAUAAUGAAAUAACAAUUAAUUGGAUAAAUAAAAUAUCAAAACGUGCAGGGGAAAUGAAGAGAAUAAAAGAGCAAUUGAAUAUAGACAAUCCGAAACUAAAAGAAAAUUUUUAUUUGAAUCCAGAAGGGUUCCAACCAAUUGAAAUAUUUGAAAGAAAACUCGAUCACAAUGAUUUUAUAAAAUUUUUGGGAAAAGACGAGGAAAUAAUUAAAAAAGGAAUGGAAAUAUUAAUUAAAAUUAUAAAUAAAUGGAAGUCUAAAAAUGGAUUUAAAGACAAAUUUAAAAUUACGGGCAUUUACGAGUUUGGUAUUUGGUUAAUUGAAGAUGUUGAAAUUAAUAUUGUAUUUGAUGACCAUUUAGUUGAAAAAUAUUUUGGUUCUGAAAAGUCUAUUUGUGAACCUUUAAUUUCGAAAAAUUGUAAAGACAAUUCCCUCUAUUGUUUUUUAUGUAGAGAAGAAUUUGAGGGGUUUGAGGUUCGAAAUGUUUUUGAGGUUUAUAUUAGCCUGCAUCCUGCCUCUGAACGUUUAGAGGGGGAUGUAGUGUAUCUGAGAAAUUUUUGUGGAUUUUUCCUAUUAAUCCAAUACAAAAUUAUCCAGGGUGGUCGUAUAAUUUACGGACGCACUGUAUUUAGGGAACGGGGUCGGAGAGUGGAACUCUAG